ACUUCAAAAAACAAGUUUAAAACGUUAGUGUUACUGCUAGAUCAUAGCACACGUGCUCUCUUCCUUUUCUUCGCCGGAAUGUCCUCUUCUCUAUGUCCUCCGCUCCUCCCUUGCUUUCCCUCCCUUGCCUUUACUUCACUUCUUCGCUGGAGCUUAAAAUCUGCAAACCCUAGCAACGGAAUUAAUUAAAUUUUCCUUCGGUUUCUUUCAUCGUUUUUGUUCCCCCAAAUAAACGUUGGGAAGCCACCGGUCUCUCUCUCUCUAGCUUCUUCUUCCUCUUCUUCUUCUAUUGGGUUUCUGUUAUGCGGUAAUUUGGUUUAGCAUUUUGCAUUUUGUGGUAUUUUCGGGGAUGGGGGCGGUAUCGUCAACAAUGGCGGCAAAGUUCGCUUUUUUCCCGCCGAGUCCGCCUUCUUACCAGUUGGCGAUGGAUGGCGCGACUGGGAAGCUAAUGAUGGUGGAAUUGGGGACAAGGGAAAAUGUAGAUGUUUUGAAGUUGGAUACCAAGAGAGGGAAUAGAGUGGUGGCGGUGUAUAUUAAGAACCCUGCGGCUUCAUUGACUGUGCUCUACUCCCAUGGCAACGCGGCCGAUCUGGGGCAGAUGUUUGAUUUGUUUAAUGAACUCAGCUUGCAUCUACGGGUCAACUUGAUGGGGUACGAUUACAGUGGGUAUGGACAGUCCAGUGGGAAGCCAACUGAGCAGAAUACUUAUGCUGACAUAGAAGCUGCAUAUAGGUGCCUUGAAGAGAGAUAUGGGGUGAAGGAAGAGGAUAUCAUCUUGUAUGGACAAUCAGUUGGAAGUGGACCUACUCUAGAUUUAGCAGCCCGGUUAAUAAAAUUGAGAGCAGUGGUUCUACAUAGUCCAAUUGCAUCUGGCCUUCGGGUCAUGUAUCCUGUGAAGCGAACGUAUUGGUUUGAUAUAUAUAAGAAUGUUGAUAAAAUACCAAUGGUGAAUUGUCCAGUAUUGGUAAUCCACGGAACUGCUGAUGAUGUUGUAGAUUGGUCGCAUGGUAAGCAGCUUUGGGACCUCUGCAAAGAGAAAUAUGAACCAUUAUGGGUGAAGGGAGGAAAUCAUUGUGACUUGGAGCUUUAUCCGCAAUACAUCAAACAUCUCAAGAAGUUCAUAUCAGCCAUUGAGAGAUCAUCACAUCUUAGAAAGGGAUCUGUGCCGGUCACAGAUCAAGCAGAGAAUCCACGGAAGAGCACAGAUUGUAGAGAGGCUUCUAGGGCAAACAUGGAUCAAAGGGAGAAGUUUAGACAUAAUAUUGAACAAAGAGAAAAGCCCAGGAUAAGCACAGACUGCAGAGAGAAAUCAAGAACCAGCACUGAUAGGAGACAGAAAUCAAGAAAGAGUGUGGAUCAGCCUGAGAAAGAGAAUCAUGUCUUGGACCAGCCUGAGAAAGCAAGGAAUAGCAUUGAUCGCUUUGGCUACAUGAUAAGAUCAGUUAGAUUGUGCAAUAUUGAUUGUUUCAAGCCCACCUCUACAGCUCUCUGAACAGAAAAAAGACUAAAUCCAAGGAUUCACUGAUUCAGGUUACAAUUAUUUGAUGGGGUUGUUGGUGUUGUUUUUAUAUAGGAAAUUACUUUAACCAGUCAAAUUUGUCUCCACUCUCACCUCACUCAUCGUGUGUGUGUUUCUAGCGUUUGAAUGCUUUCAAAUUCAUCUGGGAACCUGGCUCGUGUUGCAAAGGAACAGAUCUUGGCAGUUUCAGUAUGCAAAAUCUAGAAAAGCUUUUGCUUUAGUUAUUUGUGUUUUUUGUUGAGACGGGAUAGAGUAUGCAGGGGGUUGAACCCCAGAACCUUUCCUCGUGAUGCAGCCGGCAAGCAACUUUCUUCUCAACAUAUUCUGGAAGAAACAUUUUCUAGAGACUUCGCUUUCUCCAGCCCCCUGUUGGGAGAUACUCACUAGUUCUCUAUACGUGAUCCGGAUCCAUGGACCGUACCAUCGUCAUAGUCGCAGAAUGGGGGGGGAAGAAGAAUAAUUUUCACUUUCACCAAAGUGAUGGGAAGAUGUGUGUAAAAGGACCGGUUCAAGUUGUUGAGCAGGGCAGGGCUCCUUGGCACAGUGUCGGAGAUUAACAGGGCGUUUGUACUAGCAUAAUGUCUUGAUCUUUCCUGCAUGAAUGUCGACUGGUCAUUUGCUAUUAAACCUCUGCUUUCUGUCUAACACUCUUAUGAGAACUAAGUAUAGAGAUUCAAGGUGUUAACGAAGUUAUGAUUCGACUCUGGGAAGCAAAAGCAAAUAUUUUCUUAUAAAUUCCUUCUCGCAUUCUAUAUAAAUGAAAGUUUUAUGUAAAAAGAAUUAGCCAAAGAGGACAAGUAAUUUACAUCUUACUAAUUAAAUGUAAUCACAUUAGUAUAGUCUCGGGACCAAAAACAAUGACCAACUUCUUUCCCAAUAAUAAGAUUUAAAUUACUUUUUUUAUUGUAUU